AUGGUGGUGGAGACGGCUGCAAAGCCACCCGGGAAGGCCGUCAAGCCAGAUGACCCAACCGUGGUCAUUUCCAAGAUGUUGUCGUGGCUUUUGCGUCACGGCAUCAAGCACAAAAGCGUCGGUCUGAAUUCGGACAGUGCCGAUGGUUGGGUCAAGGUGACGGAGGUUCUCACAUCCGAGUAUUUUAAAGAAAUCACAAAAGAGAUCCUGAUGAAGGUGAUUGUCGAUUCCAACGCUCAGAAGCUUCGCUACCAGCUCUCUCCGGACUGUGUCUACAUAAGAGCAUACAGCAGAGAUGAAAAGAAGGCUUUCAAGGAAGGCGCAGCAACCACAACUGCAUCAGUCUCUGUGCCUGCUCCUCCGGAAAAGAAAGGGACACUGCGUGGAGAAGCCCCAGAAUUCGUGCCUUCGACGAGCCCUAUGCUUGCUUCCAUGCAAAAUUCAGGAUACCCUCCAUGGCCGCUUCUGUAUCCCCAACCGACGAUGAUGCCGUAUGUGCCCGUCCAGGUCCAGCGCAAGGGCACCGGGGAAAAAGGUGGUGGAAUAUUUCGUGAGUUGGGAAGAAUAAAGUCUUUCUACGACGACAAAGGUUACGGUUUCAUUGAAUGUCCCAGAGUCACGCAGCAGUUUGGCCGCGACCUCUUCGUGCACAAGGCACAGCUGAAUGGUUUCAAAGUGGGUGACGAGGUUACUGUCACUGUGACGGUGAAUGAGGCUGGAUGGCCGCAGGCGCAGGACUUGCAAUCUGCCACAGGUCAGCCAGCAAGUGCAUCGACAAAGGGGAAAGGCAAGGGCAAGGACUCAGGUAAAGAAAAAGGAAAAGACAAAGGCGAAGGAAAAGGGAAGGACGGCAAGGAUGUCAAGGAAGGCAAGGGUAAGGACGGUAAGGGCAAGGACGGCAAGGGCAAGGAGGGCAAGUCCAAAAAUGGUAAAGGAAAGGAUGGCAAAGGGAAGAGCAAGGACAGAAAGAAAAAAGAAGAUAUCCCAGCAGAAACAGUUCAAGAAGAGGAGCGGUAG